AUGGGCGGCGGCGACGGCGCCGGCAACAUGGACCAGUACGCGUGGGCGGUCCACCGGGAGCUGGGCAGGUCCACGGACGUGCAGCUCGUGGUGGUGUGCGGCCGGAACGCGGGGCUCCGCUCGCGCCUGGGCCGGCGGCUGGCAGCCAGCCACGUGGCCGGUCGCCGGCCGGCUCGCGUGCUGGGCUUCCGCCGGGACAUGGCGCUGUGGAUGCGGGCCGCGGACCUGCUCCUGACGAAGGCCGGGCCCUCCACCAUCGCGGAGGCCCUCACGGUCGGGCUGCCCGUGCUGCUGUACGGCUACUUGCCUGGGCAAGAGCGUGGGAACGUUGACCUCGUCGUGCGCAACCGCGUCGGCGCCUACACGCCUGGCGCCCAAAAUUCGGCAUCGGCGGCGAAGGCGCUGCUGUUCGAGCGCAACGGCACGGCGCUGCGCGAGAUGCGGCAGAGGGUCAGGAGCCUGUCUUACGGAGCGCCCGCCACCGACCUGGUCGUCGGAGAGGUCGCCCGCCUCGCGACGUUCUCGAAGCGGCUCCGGGAAGUCCGCUCCUGA